GGCAGUGGAGGUGGGCCCCGGGAGCCCGCGACCAGGGAGACUUCCAGCGCCGGUCAGACCGAGGCGGGGUCCGGCAGCGGCGCGCGAUCCUGCUUCUCUCUGAGUAACUGUGGAUAUGUGCAGGGGGUCCCCCCUGAGUCCAGAUGACACUCACGCCGAUGGCUUCAGUGAUGGCGGUGACUGAACCCAAAUGGGUGUCAGUCUGGAGCCGCUUCCUGUGGGUGGCGCUGCUGAGCAUGGUGCUGGGGUCCCUGCUGGCCCUGCUGCUGCCGCUGGGGGCCGUGGAGGAGCAGUGUCUGGCUGUGCUCAAAGGCUUCUACCUGCUCAGGACCAAGCUGGACAGGGGGCAGCAUGCCAGCACCAAGUGCACCAGCCCCUCCACGGAGCUCAGUGUCACCUCCCGGGAUGCAGCGCUGCUGGUGAGCAAGACCAAGGCCUCUCCAGCCGGUAAGUUGGAAGCCAAAGCCGCUCUGAACCAAGCCCUGGAGAUGAAACGCCAGGGCAAGCGGGAGAAGGCCCACCGGCUCUUCCUGCACGCGCUCAUGAUGGACCCGGGCUUCGUGGACGCACUCAAUGAGCUGGGCAUCUUCUCGGAGGAGGACAAGGACAUCAUCCAGGCAGACUACCUGUACACCAGAGCGCUGACCAUCGCGCCCCACCACAAGAAGGCGCUGGUCAACCGGGACCGGACGCUGCCACUGGUGGAGGAGAUCGAUCAGAGGUAUUUCAGCAUCAUCGACAGCAAAGUGAAGAAGGUCAUGUCCAUCCCCAAGGGCAACUCAGCACUGCGCAGGGUCAUGGAGGAAACAUACUACCACCACAUCUACCACACGGUCGCCAUUGAGGGCAACACCCUCACGCUCUCGGAGAUCCGGCACAUCCUGGAGACCCGCUACGCCGUGCCGGGGAAGAGCCUGGAGGAGCAGAAUGAGGUCAUCGGCAUGCACGCGGCCAUGAAGUACGUCAACGCCACGCUGGUCUCCCGCCUCGGCUCCGUCAGCAUCAGCGACGUGCUUGAGAUCCACCGGCGGGUGCUGGGCUACGUGGACCCGGUGGAAGCCGGCCGCUUCCGCACAACACAGGUCCUCGUGGGCCACCACGUCCCGCCCCACCCUCAGGAUGUGGAGAAGCAGAUGCAGGAGUUCACUCAGUGGCUCAACUCCGAGGACGCCAUGAGCCUGCACCCGGUGGAGUUCGCGGCCCUGGCGCACUACAAACUCGUGUACAUCCACCCCUUCAUCGACGGCAAUGGCAGGACCUCGCGCCUGCUGAUGAACCUCAUCCUGAUGCAGGCGGGCUACCCGCCCAUCACCAUCCGCAAGGAGCAGAGGUCCGAGUACUACCACGUCCUGGAGGUCGCCAACGAGGGCGACGUGAGGCCGUUCAUCCGCUUCAUUGCCAAGUGCACAGAGACCACCCUAGACACCCUGCUCUUCGCCACCACAGAGUGCCCGGUGGCACUGCCGGAGGCCACACCCAACCACUCUGGGUUCAAGGAGACGCUGCCCGUGAAGCCCUAAUGCUGUCAGUACCCCCCUGAUGACAAAGGAUGUCCCCAGAGGGGAUAAAAAUCAAAUUUAGCAUUCUUAGAAACCUCCUCAUCUCCUUGAGCAAAAGGAGAUGGAUAAGGAACUUAAAACAUUCUUGACCUCCAGAUGUUUCUUUAUAGAAGAAAACUAAAUUAUUAAGCCUUGUCCCUAAGAUAACUUAUAAUUCAGCCAAGUUAUUUAUUUCCUUUGGAGCUGGUAACUGUGUGGUAUCAGCUGUCUGUGCUGGUGGCCCCCAGUCUGGUAGGGGGAGGGUGCCAGCAGGCUUGGGGGGCAACAGUGUCCAUGGUGUGACCAGAACACAGGUUCUGGAGCAGAAUUUGCACUAAGGGGAGGAGAGGUGGGGAAGCUGUGGGAUGAGGUACAGAGCCAGAGGAAGAACUCCCAGCCUUUCUGAAACUGGCUGAGGGUCUGGGACUCCCUGGGAAGUCGGCUCGUCUGAGGAGAACCUGGUUGCCAUCCUUUCAGGUGUCGGCUCCCCCACCCAGCGGUGAGUGCUGUGGCCAGCCCUCGCUGCUAGAGCAAGUGCGAGGUAAGACAGGAAUGCUGACGAUACUGCUGGUCUGGUACCUUGUUCCGAGGAUUCUUUUGAGCCAUGGUUGGCAAACUCCAGGCCCAGAGGCUGGCAUUUUUCCACAUCAAGACUGUUUUUCUAUUUAAGAACAGGGACGGGGCUCACCUGGUUUCUUUCUAUCAAUCAGUGUUUCUCAUGCUGGCAGCAACUCAGAUCAGAUGUUUGAGUCUAGAAGUUCUCUGGGUUUGUCACCCAACAAUUAAAUCCUGCUGCAAAUCAAGUAUUAGAAGACAGAUGCCAUGUCAGUGCCAAACAAGCGUCUGUGAUAAGUGUGCCUGUUCUUAGGAACUAAGAAAAAGCUGACCACAGCCCCAACGUGUCCGCUUUAAUCCACUUACUCACCUGCCCCACGGCCAGUGUACGGCCCGGCAUCCCCUCGGGGAGGCAGACUAGAGUGCCUCAGAGGAGUGGCCUUACUUCCCUAGCAACUUGUAAAAAGAGGAAACAUUACGUGUCACACAGCCAAGGUCCCAAAUUGUCAUCAUGGAAGGAGACUGUCCAAUCACACGUGGCCCAAGUGCCAACACGACUGCUGCUAUCCAGAGUCUGCAGGGCUGGAAACGAGGGGCCCCUUAUGCGGGCACCAAGCCAGUGCUGUCUGACGCUGUGCGCACUUUGCGUCUGAAUGAUGGUGACUGUCUACCAAGUGCCGUCUGACUUGAGAAGUCACAGCCUCACAGGGAUGAGGUCACUGUUCUGACGUAGCAAGUGGUCAGCUGACGGUAUACUAAGCACAGAGUAGUUCUGAAAGGUUAAGUGAGACGAUGGAUGAGAUGGCCCCAAAUGGUACUCAAACCUUUAUAAAAAGUACUUUUGUAUGUGUGUGCUGCCGCGAGGUAUUUCUUAAACCUUAACUCCUCUCAUCUUGCUUUUGUAAGUGCACCGCGGAAGCCUGACAGACGUGUUUGCUCUGUACCAUGGGGAGAGAUUUGCACUUUAUUAGCAAACGUGAAAGAUAUUAUUUUAACAGAUUACUGAUAAUAAAGUAUUUUGUUACAUAA